AUGGCGACACCGUUUCAUUUCCAGCCGUUACCGAUUCCGUCGCAAUCACCGCCUCCGUCUGGAAACGACUCAUUGUGGCCGACAACCCAGCAGCAGCAGCCCCAGGCAGCUUCAACCCCCUCCACCCAGCCUCCCUCAACCACGCCUGCAGCUCCCCCAUCUUCUGCCGCGCCUUUCGCUGCGCCGUUAUCCGCUGCGCCUUCCGUCGCGCCGCUGUUCCCCGCGCCUUCUGCUGCGCCAUUGUCCGCCGUCCCUUCCGCUGCGCCGAUGAUACCCGCACCGCAUGCUGCAGGACCUGGGUCGUCGCAGGCUCUUAUGGAUGCUCUGAAUCUUCUACAGCAGAAUAUUGGCGCGCUGCAGUCGCUGAUUCCGCUGAUGUCGCAGCAGCCACCGAUCUCCACCACGCCGGAUCAACUCCAGCAGCAGCAGGCUGCAGCGUCCGUCGGCGUCGCCUCCGUGAUUUCGCAGCUCGCCGUCGCCGCGGCCAACAUUCUCCCGCAAGCCGGACUCUCCCCUCCCAUCAACCCGGCCUUUGCGCGAUGCGGCGGUUUCGCGCCGUCCCCGCUUCUGGCGCCUGAGAACGCGGGGCCAUCUAAUCCUUAUUCAGGUUCUGCUUUUGUCGGUACAAAUCAACCCAUGAUGCAGCAGCAGCCGCAGCAGCCGCAGCUGCAGUCGCAGUCGCAGGAACCAAAACAACAGCAGCAGCCGCAGCAGCAGCAGCAGCCGCCGCAGCAGCAGCAGCAGCAGCCAGUGUUGAACGAGCCAUGGCGGUCAGCAGCGCCAAUUCAGCAAUGCGCUGUUACUGCUCCCGAACCUAAGCUCUUCGGGAAACCUCUUUUACCUCAGAAGCGAAAUAUCGAUGAAGUUGCAUGGGACGCCGCUGGCGCUGACGACGGACCUCCUCACGCGGCGAAGAGAAUUAUCCCCGCGGGGACCUCCAAGGUUCCUGGCGCUGUUAACGAGUGUGCUUUUAUCGCGGAUGCGGGUUUGGACGAGGAGAACGACGAAGAGUCGCCGCUUUUAGAGGGAACGUUCGACAUUAUCGAGGUGGACCCUGUGGAGCUGCUCGCGGAGCACACUCACUUCUGCGAGAUUUGCGGCAAAGGAUUCAAGCGUGACGCCAAUCUGCGCAUGCACAUGAGGGGCCAUGGCGACGCGUACAAAACUCCUGAGGCGCUUGCAAGGCCAGGCAAGCAAUCUCCAGAAGGUGCUGGGCAGCUCCCAAAAAGAUUCAGCUGCCCGUUUGUGGGCUGCAAGCGCAACCAGCAGCACCGGGCGUUCGUGCCGCUGAAGACGAUGCUGUGCGUGAAGAACCACUACCGCCGCACCCACUGCCCCAAGAUGCUCUCCUGCUCCAAGUGCGGUGCAAAGCGGUUCUCGGUGGUGGCGGACCUCAAGACCCACGAGAAGCACUGCGGGCGCGACCGCUGGCUGUGCUCCUGCGGCACGUCCUUCAGCCGCAAGGACAAGCUGCUCGGCCACCUCGCCCUCUUCAAGGGCCACCACGCUGCCACUGCCGUCACCACUGCUGCCGCACCCCCCACCGUUGCUGAUGCUAUUGCAGCAGAGGCAGCAGAUGCGGCUCUUUUAGAAGGCACAGACACAUUUUUUCCGAACUAUACAGGCGCUGCUCCCCUGCCUCGCUCGUUCCCAUCUUCCGUGCUCGCGCUCGCCGCGUCUAACAUUCUCCCGCAGAUGGGAAUGGCUCCCCCCGUUCUCCCGCCGCAAGUCGGAAUGGCUCCCCCCGCGGCGGCCCCGCAAAUUGGAAUGGCUCCUGCUCCAGCCGUUCCUGCCGGGACUUCAACGGGUUACAACCCCGUGAGCUCCGCUGCGAAUCCCGCAUCGCAGCUCCUGGUUUUGCCUCAGAACGCUGUUCCGCAACAUCAGCACCAGCACCAGCAUCAGCAGCAGCAGCAACAGCAGCAGCAGCAACAGGAGACGUCGACUCCCGUCAAUCGUCAGAAGCAGUUAAUCUCCUCUCUCGGAGCCUCCGGCUCGCUGCUUCAGCAGCAGGCGGCGCAGCUGACGCUCGCGACGCAAUCACCGCCGUACGAUGAAUCGCCACGUCAGCAGUCUGUAAUCAAGCUCGUCCCGCCUGCUCCUCAAGAGUCGGAUGACCUGGCGGCGAAGCUUCAGCUGAGCCAGCCGGGCUUCGCGCCGACCAUGGCGGCGCCGCAGCAGGCGAAGGCGGCGGUUCCGCCUAGGCCAGCGCCGCCUCAAGCGCAAACGGCGCAGACUCAGGCGCCAGCGUUGGCGCGGCAGUUCCCGAAGCAAGGCGCGGUGGAUAGGCUUCUCGGCGGAGCGAUUCUUCUCACGCAGAAGCGCAAGCUCGGCUCCGACGGCGGAACGGCAAUUGUUGCUUCUGGUGCCACUGCUAUCCCCGGCAAUGGCGGUUUUCCUGGUUCGGAUCUGGCGCGCAAGCGCAGCAAGGAGAACGUGGGAGAGGACAUUGGAGGCAAGCAGCGCGGCUCGCCUGAAGGCGACGAUGACGACGCGGCGCUACCAGAGGGUUCCUACGACGUAAUUGAGAUGGACCCUGUGGAAUUGCUGGCGGAACACACCCACUUCUGCGAAAUCUGCGGCAAGGGAUUCAAGCGUGACGCCAACCUCCGCAUGCACAUGAGAGGCCACGGCGACGAGUACAAGACGCCAGAAGCCCUCGCCCGUCCCGACAAGCACCUCGCAUCUGUCCCCCAGCGCCCAAAGCGUUUCAGCUGCCCAUUCGUGGGCUGCAAGCGCAACAGCCAGCAUCAACGCUUCCUGCCGCUGAAGACGAUGCUGUGCGUGAAGAACCACUACCGCCGCACCCAUUGCCCCAAGAUGCUCGCCUGCUCCAAGUGCGGUGCAAAGCGGUUCUCGGUGGUGGCGGACCUCAAGACCCACGAGAAGCACUGCGGGCGCGACCGCUGGCUGUGCUCCUGCGGCACGUCCUUCAGCCGCAAGGACAAGCUGCUCGGCCACCUCGCCCUCUUCAAGGGCCACCGCCCCGCCAACCCCUCCCUCACUGCUGCCGACGAUGCCCCCGCAGGUGCCAUUAAUGAUGGUGCAAGAGUUGAAGCUCCUGCAAUCGCUGGGCCUUCAGUGCCUGCUCCUCCUCAGGCUAUGGAAAGGGAGAGGGAAGUGGUGGUGUAUCAGGAGUCUCCUGCCCAGCUCACCCUUGGCUUCAUAAGCAUUGACUGCGGGUACCAGGGGCGGCCCUACCCCUCCCCUCUAGGCUUCACCUGGCAGCCCGACCCCCCUACUGUCCCCGGCACGCCGGCUGUCAUCACGGGGAUCUCGCCAGAUGCGGGAAACGAGAGGCUGACCACGGAGCUGUCUCUGAGGGCGUUCAACAACGACAGGGAUGUUAACUGUUACCACGUGCCUCUCACUGCCGCUGGCCGUUACCUGGUGCGCCUGACCUUCUGGUACAAGAACUACGAUGGCAAGAACUCACCUCCUGUGUUCAACGUCACUGUUGGGCCUGGAUCAGCUGGUCAGGUGGACCUUCGUUCGAUGGGCGACACUCUCUACACUCUUGAAUCCAUAGCCACAGUCAGGGACGCGGCCAUGCCCAUCUGCUUGCAGCGAGUGGGGGACGCCCCCCCCAUCAUCAACGCCAUUGAGAUCCGCCCACUGCCACCUCUGUCUUACAGCUACCAGCAGCUGAAAGCUGAUGUGCUGCUGGUGUGGUGGCGCUUUGCUUGUGGAGACAGCCCCACCAGAGACGAGACUUUUAGCUAUCAGCAGCUCAAGGCGGACGUGCUGCUGGUGUGGUGGCGCUUUGCUUAUGGGGACAGCCCUGCCAGAGACCAGACCUUCAGAGCAGGCCAAGCCGCCAUCCCCUUUGCAGUCACACCCGAAAACCGGGUAAACAUCAGACUUAGAGUAAAAACCACCGCUAAGAGCCGGAUUCGCCCUGUGACACUUAGCGGGUUGGAAAUAGUACAGCUGUUUGAGGAGGCGCCGGCGGUGGGGGGGAGAGAUGUGGCGGCGUUGGGGUGUGUGAAGACGCAGUUUGGGGAGCCUGCGGCUAUGGAGGAGUGGGUGGGGGACCCGUGCUACCCUGUCACGUGGCCUGGCGUGCAGUGUAGCUUCAGCGCCAAUGCCACAAAUGUUAUCGGCCUGGACCUUAACCACGCUGGCCUGUCCGGCUCCAUACCUGCCUGCAUUGCCAAUCUCUCUUCCCUCUCCUCACUUGUGCUCAACGACAACGGCCUCACAGGCGACAUCCCCUCGUGGCUUGGUUCCCUCUCAAACCUCCACUCCCUCAAGCUGGGCGACAACCUGCUGGCAGGCAGUGUACCGGCGGCACUGGCACAGCUGCCCGAGUUCCUGCACCUUGACCUCAGCAACAACAACCUUUCAGGGCCCUUCCCUUUCCCUCCCACUGUCAGCAUUGAUAUCAAUCGCUGCGGCGACGUUUGUCCUGUGGCGCUGGCAGAAGAUGCAGCGGGCCAGGCGGGCGGCAGAGGCUUAUUCCGGGGGGGCUCGCACGUGCGGCGCUUCUCCCUCGCACAACUCGCCGCAGCCACUGCAAAUUUCCAUCCCUCCCACAUAAUCGGCUCAGGCGGGUUCGGGCCGGUCUUCAAAGGGAUUCUGCCUGAUGGGCGAAUGGUGGCUGCGAAAAAGAGAGACGAGGACUCGUUACAAGGCGAGAAGGAGUUUUAUAACGAGGUGGAUCUGCUGUCCCGCGCCCGCCACCCGAAUCUCGUGGAUUUGAUUGGAUUCUGCCGGGAGAGCGGGCAGCAGGUGCUGGUUUACGAGUUCAUGCCACAUGGGACCGUGCGGGACCACUUAUAUGAUUCGAUAGGCAACCCUCUCGGACAUCUGAGGUGGCUGCAGCGCCUGCACAUCGCCCUCAACGCCGCUAGAGGCAUAGAGUAUCUGCACACGGGCUUGACCCCGCCCAUCAUCCACCGGGACAUCAAGACCAGCAACAUUCUCCUAGACGCCAACCUGAGAGCGCACGUGGCUGACUUUGGGCUGUCCAGGGAGGGUUCCAUGAGCAGGACCCACGUCUCUACUAACGUGAAGGGGACAGCCGGUUACCUUGAUCCUGAGUACUACACAGUGCAGCAGCUGACAGACCGCAGUGACGUGUUCAGCUUUGGAGUGGUGCUGCUGGAACUGAUUUCCGGGCGGCAACCGAUCGACCUCAACCGUCCACGAGAUGACUGGAGCAUCAUUGACUGGGUACGCUCCCGGCUGCAGCAAGGGCAGAUAGAAGCAAUUAUAGACCCGACUCUCUCCCCCUCCGAAUUCGACAUCGAGGUCAUGUGGCGGGUGGCCGAGGUGGGAGUGGUGUGCGUGGAGCCAAAGAGCUUCAACCGGCCGAGCAUUUCGGACGUUUGCUUCGAGUUAAACCACGCCAUCCAGCUCGAGGCGGCGGCCGGCCACCCGCCGCCCGGCCUGGGCCACUCGAAUAUCACUAGUGGGAUGGGGAGUGGGAGUGGGGGAGUGGGAGGAGGGAAUGGGAGCAGUAAUGCGGCUGUUCCUGUGUCGUACCAACCAGGGGGGAUGGAAGGAGGGUUAGGAUCUGCUUCUGCUGCUGGUGGUAUUGCGGCCACGGGUGCUAAUGGGAAUGCUCCUAUGCUUCCUCCACCUGCCUUCAACACAGCAGCAGCACCAGCAGGGUCGCGGUCGUACACUCGAUUCAGAUCUGCCUUUCACAGCAGCAAAAUCACGAGCAGCAGCAUUGUGUGA